AUGAAGGAGGACCGCCAACCCGACCUUCAACCGGUGCAUACGCACACUUCUAUUGCAUCCAACGAGUCCCACCCUUCGCUAAUGCCCUAUCAUGCCGACUCGGACCACAGUCAACACCACCCCAGUCCAACCAAAUUGCAACAUAGCGAGUCUUACUCGUCGCGAGAAACCAACUCGCCGUCGCCAGAAGCCGGCUCUGUAGUUGCAGAUGGCAUAGCAUCAGAAAAAGAAGAAACAAGCUCGAUAAAGGACCCCAAGGCUUGGAGGAAAUUCAUCGUGCCGAAAAACGAACGAAGAGGACUACUGGCUUCAGUAUGCGUGGUUCCAGAAGUUACAGACCCCCGAGAUUACCCCAGUAACAUCAAAUGGUUCCUCACGGGAGUAGUGUCGCUGGCUGCCAUGGCUGCCCCUCUAGGUACGUCUAUCAUGCUUCCUGGUAUCGAUGAUGUAGCCGAGGGACUGAAUACCACCAAGAACCUGGUCAACAUCUCCUUUGGUAUCUACUUGCUGUCUCUAGGAGUGUUCCCCAUUUACUGGUCAUCUCUUUCCGAGCACUUUGGACGAAGAUCCAUCUAUCUCAUUUCUUUUGCUCUAUUCACAGCAUUUUCCAUCGGAUGUGCUUUGUCGACAUCUAUUGGAAUGCUCAUUGGCUUCCGAGUGCUGUCUGGAGGCGCUGCUGGCUCGGUCCAGAGCGUGGGGGCAGGCACCAUCUCCGAGCUCUUUGAAGCAAGAGUCAGAGGCAAGGGCUUGGGUAUCUACUACGUGGGAAUUCUGGUUUCACCUCUGGUAGCUCCCGUUAUCGGAGGAGCUCUGGUGGAGAGUCUGGGCUGGAGAGCUCCCCAAUAUCUGCUGCUUAUUCUUGGCGGAGUUCUCACUGUUGCCAUGCUGUUUUGCAUUCCAGAAACGCUUCGAAUCUCAGCUGAAGACAGAGAGAUGUGGAUUAGACCCAAGAGCAAGACCAAGGGCCAGAAAAUCAACUGGUGGAGGAAAAAGAAGGAUCUCGAGAGCGAGAUUGAGGCUUCUGGAGAAGCAGAGGAUCAAGAACCCGAGCUCAAAAACCACCAUAUGCUCAGUACAGUUAUCGGAGACGACCCUGAGCCGGUUCUAGUUGAAGACGACGAAGACCACCACUUGCAUCCCAUAAUCUCCCACAUUUCGCAAAUGUCGUUUGGAGCCGAUGUAAGUGAGACUCAGUCUCGAUCUAGACGAGGCUCAGUGGCUAGCUCCAGAAGAAAGGCAGUGGGCGGUCUUGAGCUUUCUAGAGUGGCUUCUACCGAAUCUGAAAAGUACAGACGAAUGGAAAUGCCCAAGCGGAUCAAUUUGGACGAGCUGUCUCUGGGUCAAAAGAUGUACAUGUUUGGAGUGGCUCCUCUCAAGACUCUGCUCUUUCUCAGAUACCCUCCUGUGGCUCUGGCCAUCGUGUAUGCCUCCUACGUCUUUUUCUCAUUGUACAUUCUUAACAUGGCCAUUCAGAUUGUCUACUCCGAGGCUCCCUACAACUUCAAGACCAUCAUCGUCGGUCUUCUUUACCUGCCCAACUCGGUAGGAUACAUUGCUGCAUCUGUUGGAGGAGGAAUGUGGAGUGAUUACAUUGUGAAACGGGCCAAGGACAAGAACGGUGGGGUCAUGAUUCCCGAGGAGAGAAUUGCAGAAAAUAUUCUGUUGGCUGCAAUCCUUUUCCCUGUGUCUCUACUUAUCUUUGGGUGGUGUGCUCAAUACAAGACCUUUUGGCUGUGUCCUUUGAUCGGUACCUUCAUCUUUGGAUUUGCCUCCAUGAUGAUAUUUGGAACAAACACAACCUAUCUUGUGGACGCACUUCCGGGCAAGGGCUCUUCCGGCGUGGCUCUCAACAACUUUGUGCGAAUGAUUCUUGCUGCUGUGGCGACCUUUGUGGCCGAUCCCAUGAUCAGAGGGCUCACUGUCGGCUGGUGUUUUACUCUGUGGGCUCUGCUGAGUAUCGUUGUGGCCUUUUCUCUUGUGGCCAUCAAGAUCUGGGGAGCCCAUUGGCGUCAGACUUUUGACCUCUCUAAGAUUUACUAG